ACAUAAAGUUCUCCUUCGGGACCCCAGGACAUCGUUCCCGAGAACCCCCUUACAAUAUCAUCUCUAAGGACUCGCAGUUUUGCUCUUAGACUUCACGAUGAUGAUGCGAAGGCUGAUGUUUUACGAAAGUGUUAACGUUGUGUGAUUGCCUUCAACUUCUCGGUGCCAGGAUGUCCCUUCAACUUUGGACAACUCUGCUUGCUCUAAACUUCUUACAAAAAGGUGUCGUAUGGAGUCUUUCCCUCACUCAAGUCCGAAUAGAGAACCAUGCCAUGAUGGGCAACUUCUCUGUCCUGGAGUGUCACUACGAUCUCCAGGGAGAGACUCUCUACUCCGUCAAGUGGUACAAGGAUGGUCAGGAGUUCUUCCGCUUCCUCCCGAGGGAUAAACAUCCCGUCCAGGUCUUCCCCAUGGAGGGAGUCGAUGUUGAUAUUCCUGCCAGCAACGCCACUCAGGUGGUGCUACGAUCUCUUCUGCUUACCUCCACAGGCAGAUAUAGAUGUGAAGUGUCUGCUGAGGCGCCUUCCUUCCAGACGGUGUCAGACCACGGGGAUCUGCUGGUUGUAGCUUUGCCCAAGGAAGGUCCCAAGAUCAGAGGGGGCAGACCCAGGUAUCAGAUGGGUGAUACCGUCAGAGUAAAUUGUACAUCAGGGAGAUCCAAACCUCCAGUGCAUCUUAUAUGGUUCAUCAAUGGAGAACAGGCAGAUCGUUCAUUCCUGAGAGGGCCACAGUUCGCCACAGCCGAGGAUGGUCUGGACGUGACGUCACUUGGGCUAGAGUUCAAGGUGGAGUCGAGACACUUUUUGAAGGGUGACUUGAAGCUUAAGUGUCUAGCGACAAUAUCCACCAUCUACUGGAACAGCAACGAGGAGAGUGUGGAGGGGGAGAAGCCCCAGAGGUCGCCGGCAAUGGAGGUCAAGGAGACGACCAACAGGUCCAGGGCGGACAGGGUGCAGGGACAGAGGCCAGGACCUGUGACGAUAGGUGACGGGUCUCACACAACCCCUCAUUGGCUCUUGCUUCUGUCGACCUUGACCUUGACCCUGACCUUGGUCGGGAGAUAACCACUAUCACCCUCGGUCCGGUAGACCGAAUGACUCUUGGGGUAUGGGCUGUGUUAUCCAAAGAUCUUGCUUAACGAUUCGUUUGGUUUUUGACCCCUGUUGUUCAUAAUGUAAUUAAAACUGUCCAAUGUAAAUAGUCAAAGUCCUGGCUUUAU